AACAAACUUGCUGCGAGCGACGCCACAAUCCAAGUUUCCGUGAGGUCGACCAUGCUCAUGCCGCGAUGGAUGAUCGCUACCGGCAUGACCAUGCUCCUUGCCACCCAUUCUUCUGCCCAGCUUGUAGACGUGGGCCCGCCUGUUCUCCCAGACGUGUUGUCCACUCUGCUCGACGCGUACAAACCGUUGCUGUCUGGGUAUGCUCAAGCGAAUCUUCCCGCAACCAUAGGCAACUGCAAGGAAGGAAAUGCGCCAUCCAACUGCACGAACGUCGGCAACCUGUACGAAGUGAAGGAAACGUUUUACCAUGUCAAGGCGCGGUGGAUUUCGGGUCUCAAUACGAUGCGACUCGAUGACGUUGCCGUCAAGUUUGACGAAAGUAGCGGAGCCAUGACACUGAGUCUCAAACUGUACUUUGCUCAGCUUCCCGCGAGUCUACUUGUCGAGGCAUGCGCAGGCUCCCUGGGCUGUGCAAAGUUCCUCGAUUCGACCAAAACUUGUUGCGGCACGGCAAAGACAGUCGCGAUGACUGCAACUGCCAAAUGCAGCGAACGUGCGCCGUUUUUGCAUGCGUUUGCGAUCUCGGACGCUACCAUUUUGCCUGGCAUUUCGCUCACGAUUGACGUCAUGGGCCACACGUUCGAAGUGGCCGACAUCACAAAGUCCGUUAUCCAAGGCGUCAAGGACUCGGCCGGGAAUUUCCUGGCCACGCAAGGCAUGGACCUGAUCAACUCGCAGCUGCAAUCGGUCUUCGGCGACAAAGUGUACUGCUCUCGCGCGUCCCGCGACGCUGAGACGCCACCCGUGAAGCCAAUCACGAUGCCUCCCACCAUGACACCCGUCCCAGAGACACCAGCAACCGUUGGCCCGACACGGGCAGUCCAGACUUCCAACCCCACAACCACCGUCGAACCAUCAACCCGCAUCGUUGCGACAACGACCAUGGCACCUCCGACAACAACAGAAAACCUUGAUGCAGCCCCGCCAGCCAAUGCAUUUACAAAUCGCCCUGGCGCAACCAGGCCACCAUUGUCUUCAACCGCAUCCCCGAUGGCAAGCCCCCUCCUCUUCCUUGUAGCAGUGCUGUCAUUGCAUUCAUGAUAUCGUUCUUUUGCUUUAUGAAGCUGGACAAUCUGUUGGUGUCGUCAUGGCAAAUUCAGGGGCCAUUGGCUGAGUAAAAUGACAAAGCAACUUGUCAAGCG